UCUAGCACAUUGUGACCAGAUAUAAUUAAGGAGUGAUCUUUGUUUGAUAAAACUCUUGUUCAGUUAGUACGGUAACGAUGAAGCAGUUGUACUUAAUUUGUUUCUUUGUAGGUCUUUUUGGACUGUCACAUGAAUUUUGUAAUAUACAAUUAUUCCAAAGUGAUUUUUGUACAUCUCCGAAAGGCAUAACAAUUCCAGUGAAUGGAAAACUGAGAAUCAGUGAAAAAUGUCAAGAUUGUUCAUGUUCGACAUAUAGUUCUGGACAAACUAUAAUGCACUGCUGUGGAUAUGGAAGAUCUGCUGGAUUAAUACUUCCCCCAGAAGGAUGUAAAGUAAUAACUGAGGCUGAUGGGUGUACCCCCAAAAUCGUUUUACUGACGGAUGAGACAAAAUUGUGUACACACAAAUAGCCAGAACAAGGACAAUGAAAUGUUGCCAGUUACACUAACAUAAUGUAGUGCAGAAAAUGAAUUGUGAAACAAAACAUUAUAUCCCUUCUAAAGUAAAAGCAUAAAAUGCA